UUGAACUAGUGACUGGAAAAUAUUUUAUCACGAGGCUUGAUCAUGUGUUUACCAAUUUUAUUCUGUGAUUUUGUUUAAUUUUAAUAUGCCGCACUUACAACUUGUAAGCCAAGUAAAAAAAGACUGGGGAACAGGUUCCGUGUAUGGAGAAGUACAAAGUGAACAAAAACUGGACACUUUAGAAUCAAAUCGCGACACAAUCACAAAUAUUUCUACACGACUACUAGAGCAAGAAGAUGUUUUAGAAGACGUUGAAUCUGUAGAGAGUUACAAAAUACCAUUUCUACAAGCUUCGUUAUUUGCAACGGUAUUAGAAGAUACUAUCGUAGAAAUUCGCAUUUUGGCUGAAUGUAAUAAUGAAUUGCGCGUAAUCAAGACAUUGACUGACAUGGGUUUGCUUUUGGCGCUAAAAUAUGGUGUGCCACAGCCUGAAUUGAAAGAUGAACUAGAUGAAAUCGAUCAUAAUAAGCUCCAUUGUAACGAGUACAAAUUAAAUAAACUUCAUAGUGAUAGAAAAUGGCCAUUGCUAACACUAACGGCUACAUAUGUAUGUCUUGUAAGAAGCAACGCUUUUGAAGCAUUAAAAAAUUCCGUUGACAAAGUUGUGAAUUGGGAUAAAUACCGCAUUGAGCUUUUUGAAGAUGAAUCUAAGAAUAGAGUAAUCCGUCGGGAACUAAACAAACAAUUGAGGCAACAGCGAAAUCAUAUCAAAUCUGUUAUUUAUGAUACUGACACCACAAUUGAUGACCUCAAGGCAAAAGUUGAAGAUGCUAGCCUCAAUGCAGAAAUUCGUAGCCGGUACGUUGAAAAUUGGCAACUUGCACGCACCGAGCAACACUUGAAGAAAAUUCAAGAUGUUGAAGCAACGCCAACGAGCGUGAUUGAUUAUUAUAAACAAAGAGCCUUUAGCGAACAAAGAGUUCAUACUGAAGUGGAAUUAUUAUGCACUAUAGCUAUCAAUGAAACUCUAGAAAAAAUAGAGCAGUGGAUGGACAAAUAUGAUAAGGAUAUGGAAGAAUUAGAUUUAAAAAUACAAAUUAAGAAAAAUGACUAUCAAAAUAUGCUGGAUAAACGAAUAUACUUAGAAGAAACGAUAGAGAAACACGAUCUUGCAAUGAAGGCAUGGAUAUAUUUCAAAGAUGAACGUGAAAAGGCACGUUUAUAUGUACAGAAAAUGACGAACUCUGCAAUCACUAUUCAAGCUUGGUGGCGGGGUCUAUUAGUACGCAAACAACUUGGUCCGUACAAAGUGGCUAAGAGGAAGGGCGAGGACAAAAAGAAGAAAAAGUAGUAGAGAACUAGAUGUUUUAUAGACUAAUUAUAUUGUUAAUGUACACGUAAAAAUAAAUGUUUGAUAUUGUUAUUA